AUGUCCAGCACUGUGUUGUCUUACAAUCUUGUGUUGAUGGAUGGAAGUGGUACCAUGUUCAAGGCCACGGUUAACAGUGGCCUGUCCCACUAUUUCGCUGCAUACAACUCUACGUUGGAUCGACUGUCUUCGUGGAUGACUAUGCCAUCAUCACGCAGACAUCCAACCGUAGCUACACGUACAAGAUGUACAUGCUCAUCAAGGACUUCGCUGGAAGCUUCCCCCAACAAGAAGGUCAUUGAUCUUCUUCCCAUCAUCAUGCGUGACGUUGUUCCAGCCACUGGGCAUAUCUACCGCGCACGGUAG